AUGUCGAGGAAGGAGAGGGUGAGGUUCGAGAGCAGGAAUGGGCCGUCGUCUGACGAGUAUAAGUUAGCUUGUGUAUCCCCAACCGAAGGCCAUGAACGAGUGCAGGGAGGGAAACCUGCAGACUCGGCUCACCUCCUUGGCGACCGGCGGAGCACGACCGACUCGGCAGACGGAAUCUUGUCGUGCGAAGAUCAGACCGGGAAAGCUGCCGCUGCGCGAACCACCCCACCGCCGGUCCGAGCUGGCGUUUUGGGCAUCCUGAUUCAGUUGGUGGACGCUCUAGAGUCCAAGUGCCCCAGCCGGAGGGGUCUGUUGGCAACGGUUCAGUGGAUUGGGCUGACCGAAAGCGACACUCUUGGUCGCCGUGCAGCAAGCAUCUCCCCUCUUCCUCACUCCCUCACUCGCUCCGCCAUUUCCUCGGCCCGCGCUGAGAGGUCGUCGAAGAUGUGCUACUUCAACAUGGACCGAUGGAGUUGUGGAUACUGGCGCUGGAGUCAUUUCCGCCAGCAGUGCAACAAAGAGUACCGCAUGGGCGAGACGUGCGGCCUCAAGCUCAUCUAUAAAACCAAGUCCAUUCCGGAUGUCUGUAAGCUCUGCGGCGACAUGGCCAAGAAGCAACGUCGGUACGAUAAGAUGUACUGGAACGUGAAGCGCUGGGAGGGCGAGGGCAACCGGCGUGCAACCAUCGAGCGAACGAAUGGUGAGAUGUUGGAGUUGCAGAGGCAAAUCAAGGGCAUGAGCGACGAACACGCUUACAAGCUACGAAACCUUGGCCAGGGAUGA